UGGAGCAUCACAGACCUAUACUGAGGGCACGAGCUUGGGUUGCUCUUGCUGAGAAAGUUCUACGACAGCGUCCUCACCAUGAACGAAACCUCUUCAUACGAGGGACCAACUACGGAACGGCUGUCGAUCGACGGACAAGGAACUGAUCCAGACAGCGUGCUUACUUCAUGGCCAACUGAUUCCUCCAGUCCCGCUAUUCUAUGCCUUCAAUCAUCCGCUUCGGGGGAUGGUCCUCCAGUGGGCCAAAAGCUACGCAAGGAGCCAUUGACCAGGUCCACCGCGGACACGUCAUCUACAGGAACAUCUUCCGGAACAGCGCCUUCUUCUUUAGAAGGCAGUCCAGAAGCCUGCUGUGAAGCAGGCCCCAGACAUCCGGCAAUGACCAUGCUUCAUCUGCCAAGAAGUCUCCGGGAAGUCCGUCAGCUAGACAUCAGUACCCUUAAGGACAUCCGACACGCGAAACUGUUCAAGAAUGUGUCCUCGUGGUGGAAGACAAUGCGGGGGUUGCCGACGGAGAUCUUAAAACCCGCCAGGCUGAGCUUGACGGUGGGUCUGCCGUCUGGCCAAACGGCGACGUCUUCCGGUAAGCCCAGAAGGGAUCGUGGAGCCAUUGAGGCUGGAGACAGUGCGUGUACAUCGCGUGACAGCGAGUCUGACAGCGACGCCGACGAGUCCCCGAUUUUUCGCAAGGAGAUGGUUGCCAGGAAAUCUCAGGUCGCAUCCGAGUUGAGCGGGUUGGGGGUCGUCGUUGUGAAGAAGGCGACGCCGGAGGAGCGGCUGGUGAAAGCCGCUGUAGACUGGUGGAGAAAAGUGAAAGGGUUUUCGCCCGAAGUGCUGAAGCCUGCUUGGCGAAGAUUGAUGAAGAAUAAGUAUGACUAGGACAACAUCAGUCGAGCGUUUAUACGGUGGAUAUAACGUUGUGGAGAUAAUGUUCCUUGGGCGGUAAUCGUUUCUCAAUAAAUUAAUUGUCUCGAAAUAUCA